UUGUGUGAGUGUGUGUGUGUGUGUGUGUGUGUGUGUGUGUUGAUCCUCAGGUCUGAGUAACAUCAUCGGGAUAAUCGUGUACAUAUCAGCCAACGCGGGUGACCCGUCCAAGAGCGACUCGAAGAAGAACAGCUACUCGUACGGCUGGAGCUUUUACUUCAGCGCGCUGUCCUUCAUCAUGGCGGAGAUGGUGGGCGUUCUGGCCGUUCACAUGUUCAUCGACCGGCACCGGGAGCUACGCGUGGCUCGCGCUCAGACCGGCGGAGGAGGAGACUAUCUGCAGGGAUCCGCCAUCAGCAGAAUCCCAAGCUACCGCUACCGUUACCGGCGCAGCUCGCGCUCCUCCAGCCGCUCCACCGAGCCCUCGCACUCACGCGACGCUUCACCCGUGGGACUCAAGGCGUUCGGAGCACUGCCCUCCACCGAUAUCUCCAUGUACGCGCUGAAGACUCCACACGGCACGCCACCGAUGUACGACUCCGAGAGAGAGCCGGACUUCCUACAGGUGCACAACUGCAUCCAGAAAGACUCCAAAGACGCCAAUCGUCGCACCACACCUGUAUGAGACUACAGGUGCGGUGUCUGUGCUGCCUCCUACAGGUGAGGAGGAGAAUCACUCCACCCACAGACCCACUGACUGAUUUCUAACACUAAUGAUGAUGAGUUUACACGUUGAAGUCCAAAAUGGAAAAGUGAAAUGCAUGUUUUUCGUAUCUUCCAUAAACGAACAAGUUUUCAACCACGUGAUGAAUCAGAGCUGAUGACGACGGCUUUUGGACUGAAAGCUCUUUUCGUUGGUGUUCAUUUCAUUUUGUUGCACAUAAAUACUGUGAACCUUUGUGGCCCCUGUGAGCCCAGGGAAAACAAUCCCACAAACUGGCCGCGAUUUAUAUGUCAUUAUAAACGUAUUAAUGAUACAUGACUAUAUAUAUAUAUAUAUAUAUAUAUAUAUAUAUAUAUAUGAAAAGAUACAUACAUAAAUAUAUGAACAUCUGUUAAUAGACCACACAUAGACUUCUUGAUUCAAGAAGACGCAAAAAA